AGUAGGCAUCGUUAUUAACAUACCAGUUUAGCUACUGUGGCCAUAAAGAGUCCUCAACAAUGGACGAUAACUACAGCAUCAAGCCCGUCGUCUUCAUCACGUCACCAUUUGAGGCAGAGGAAAUAAGACGACUGGAAGCUACCUGUGACGUGCGCUGGCUACCUGGGGCUCCACACCCCCUCCCCAGGGAUGUCUUACUGAAGAACGUGCGUGACGUGCAUGGACUCAUUAUCUGGACUCAGGACCGAGUGGACGCUGAACUACUGGACGCUGCAGGGCCACAGUUAAGGGUUAUCGGCACUGUAUCGGUGGGGCUUGACCAUAUUGACUUAAAAGAAUGUCAACGAAGAGGAGUGUCUGUGGGAUAUACCCCGGGUGUGCUGACAGCAGCUGUGGCUGAACUAACUGUGACCUUACUACUCAUGACUAUUCGAAAUAUACAGCAAGCUUUGCAUGGGGUGCGUUCUGGAUCCUGGUUUGUGCAAGGAGACCUCUCCAUGGAUCUGAUGGGAGGCGAGGUCAGCGGCAGUGUGGUGGGCAUCGUGGGGUUGGGUAGCAUCGGUCUGGCGGUGGCCACCCGCCUGAAGGCGUUUCAGCCCGCGCGUAUCAUCUACUGCAGCAGCAGCAACACGCCUAAGGCCGGCGCCAGUCUGGUCAGUGCCGUACACAGAACUAGUCCUACUUUGGGUAAAGAAGCUGGACAAUAUGGAUCGGAAAAAUCAGUGAGUCAGUCUGACAUUGUGAUCGCCACGUGCUCUAUGAACCGUGAUAGCAAUAAUAAUCUGUUCAAUGCGGCUGCCUUCGCAAGCAUGCGGUCUUCAUCGGUUUUCAUCAACGUCAGCCGAGGUGCCCUUGUGGACCAGGAGGCUCUGGUAUCAGCCCUGUCCUCCGGUCAGAUCGCGGCAGCUGGCGUGGACGUGACCAGCCCGGAGCCCCUGCCUCCCGAUCACCCGAUGCUACAGCUGCCCAACCUCACUGUCCUGCCUCACCUGGGCUGGGCCACGCGACGUGCUUGCAUGUCUACGUGUCACGUGACUGUAGAUAAUAUCCUGGCCGGCCUUCAAGGCCAUCCACUACCCUCGCCAGUACCUUAAAGACCAAACCAAGCAAAGGCUCAUGUACCUUUGAAAUAACUUACCUGUUCCUUGGCAAGAAUUUAACUGCGACAGUCAGUCAACAUAUGUGUAUAUGUUAUACAAACUUAAAUGCUAUUAGAAACUUCCUAACAACAGAAAGCGUAGAGUUAAAUAUUCUUGGUUGAAUGAAUGUUUCUCAUUUCUAAAGAAAAGUAGGCAUUUUUCUGAAAGUUGAGUUGGGUUAGGGUUAGGGUUAUGUUCUUGUCAAUAAACUCCUGUAAUAAAUUG